ACACAUUCCUUAAGCCAGCGGAGGGCAGUGCCAGGGCGGAGGAAGCGCUUUGACACGCUGCUGGCCGAGCACAAGAACAGAACGAGGGAGCGGGAGAGGGAGAGAGAACUCCAACAACCCCAUUCCCAGCAAAACCUCUCUCUCAGGGACCCACACCCCACCUCCCACCUUGCCGCUGCCCAUGAUGUCCACCAGGUUGCUCAUGGCAACGGCCCUGCCCCAGACACCACUAAGCCUUCGCCACUCAGCAAACCCAAAUUUCACAGCCCUGGUCUUCCUCGACUAAACAGUAGUCACGGAGGUGGUACCCCUGGAGACCCUGCUGUAGUCCAAGAGUCACCUCACCAUCCCCAAAGUACCCCUGAUGGUUUUUCCCGACCCUCCAGUGACGAAGGAGAGAACGAGGAACGGGAGGACAACGCUGACAAACUGGACUGUCACUAUUCAGGUUAUCACCCUCGGCCGGCAGCUUACUGCACAUUUGGAAGUCGACUAUUUGGCAGAGGCUGUUACUCCUUUGACCGGCGGUGGGACAGAGUGCGAUGUACCCUAACCACAAUGACGGACAAGCAUGUCAACUCUCAGAUGUGGAAGAAAAUCCCGUUGGCCUUGGAGAACUCCUCCUCCGUUGCAUCUACGCAUAGGACAAGCACAAAUUCCCAUGGUAGCACUCCCUCUUCAGGCUUCCUGGCCCCCCCUGCGACCCUGUCCCAGACUCCUUAUAGCCAAUCCUACGAGGGUAAAUCCAUGCUCUCCUAUGGGACCACCUUGAAUGCCCGCAGCUCCCCUCAGGGCGGGGCUGAGCACCCGGCCUACGGCAUAACGCAGGCCCGACAAGUGUCUUCGUUGCCGCAGAUGCCUUCAGUCCACUCGUCGUCAUCCUCUUCAGCUCCUUCCCUAGCCUCAGGCCGGGCACUCAAGUCUCGCUCCUCCAGCAGCAGCACUACCAAGUCGUCAUCGUCCUUCAAGCCAAAAGAGGUCACCUCUGGCUCUUCCACCCCUGUCAUCCCCAACUCCACUGGUGGGGGUAACAGCGGAGCCAAUAGUAACAGUAGCAGCACUAGCUUCAGCUCGGGGAAGAAAAGAAAGAACAGUUCUAUUCUGUCUUCAUCCCACGGCCCCCCUGAUUCCUCGUCUUCUAAUGCCAACUCUUCUUUCUCCUCCUCGUCUUUUAAGAAGAACUGUGCAAAUGUCGGCAGCUCAGGGAGCACUUACCACCAUGGCUCAUUAGGUCCUACAUCCUCAUCGUCGUUAUGCUCCUCCCACAGUGGAGUCCACAGUGUGGGGCUGAAUUGUGGCCCCACCGUGCGGACCAACUCACUCAGCCUCAAAGCCGAGCCCUCUGGAGGGUCAGCAGGCGGCUCCUCAGGACCGUCAGCCAGGGGUCCUCCAUCAGGCAGCCCUGCGGAGUCCAUUAAGCGUAUGAGUGUGGUGAUGAACAGCAGCGACUCCACACUUUCCCUAGGGCCCUUCAUUCACCACCAGUCCUCAUCUGACCACCACACCAGCUUCAGCCACCACCCCUCAGACGGGCGCUUGGAAGGAAAAAAGCGCAAAAGCUCUCCUGCAUCCACUGGCAUUACUAGUGGAGGUGUAGGAGGAGGGGGGCCGGGGAUGGGACCAGCGGGAACAGGUAGACCCAAAGUGGCCAAGUCACCUGCCAUUAACAACAUCCAUGGGAAGCAUGGGCGGAGCAUUUCAGGGACGCCAGGGCUACCCAACAACUCCCAUUUACAUCAGCCAAAGGCUCGUCCCUGACAGUGGUGUCCGGCUUCUGGGUAUAGAAGCGGUAGGCGGACAGGGAAUAGUCCGGAGCAGCCCACUAACUGCUCCUGACUGCACGAGGCCUUCUUAAGUCAAACCCACAUUACUCUCAGCUUCCCACAAUCCUCAGGGUGGAGAUGAUCUGGACUGCCCAGUGAAGUCAAUGUGGUCCUUACUAUUUCUCCCAAAGCCAUGUGUGUGUAUGUGUGAGUGUGUGUGUUUGUGUAAGAGAGGGGAAGUGGUACCGUUUGGGGAAUGCGUGGAGUGCCAGGGGUUCUAAUGAGCUUGUCAAGGACCCCCCCAUGCAAGUGUCACCCCUGUUCUCUGAGAGGUCUUCCGGUCUGGUUCGAGGAAGGAGGAACAUUAGCAACAGCAAUGGGUCUCUUGCUCAUUGGGUUCAGGUUAAGGGCUGCAGCAACAAGCCGUCACAACUCUGAGCAACUAGGAAGGCAACAUGCUGAUCUCCUCUGCAUUUGUAAGAAUGACUGUGUGAAUGCGUGUGCGUGUUAAAGUAUUUUCGUCAUGUCAAAUUCUGCUGGACUACUGGAAUUUCCGACUUAAUUACACCCCCAGCGCCUGAUCUCAGAAGCCUUGGAUUGGAUUGCAGGAGGAGCAGCAAACUGUUACUUUCAACACCUUAAACAACACACAAUCACCUUGUUGUUUCACUUUCUUUUGGUUCAACUCUCUGGUGACAUGUUGAGAAACCUCGGGUCACACGCAGGAGCCUCAGAGAAGCCCCUUAGGACGAUCUGGUCUGGUUUUAUUAUCCAGAAUAAUUAUGCAAGUGUUACCUUUAUAUGAUUUCUUAUGAGCUUUUUACACUGAACUACAAAGAGUCUUUGUAGGCGUGGUGGAGAGAGUUGAGCUUUCAAAUGUGAAUAGGACGCCUGAUGUGCCCAUUCGAUUGAAUCUUUUGUCAGCUUGGUCUUUAGGACACCUGUUAAUUUUCUGAAUCUUUCCAUUGUGCAAAAUGACAGCAACAGUAGACCUACCCUCAACUGUGAACAGCACUAAAGAACUACUUUCUCCACAGGCACUGCUCAGUUGUCUUCAGAGCUAGCCAACAGCUGCUACCAGCUUUGCCAACUACUUUCUUUUUUUUUUUUUCAACUAAAAGGUGGGCAUCAUGCUCAUGAAGCGGUGAUGUUGCAUUGCCUGUGUGGAUAUGAAGAAAAAUCUGUGCAAACCGUAUUAUUAGCCACAAAUGACCUACUUUUUACCCCGCACAGCUGUAUGAACGCGCACAGCAGCUGUGGGCAGAUGUGAAUUGUAAUUUUUUUUUUUUUUCCUACGUAGGGAAUCAGGUAUGGUACGUCUUAACUGGAGCAAACUUUAUGCACGUCACCUGUCUUCUGUGGUUUCGAUUGUCCCUCCUGUGUGUAACCACUACCCCAGCUCUGGAUGUUAAAACGUUGGAUGCCUCACCAAAACACUAAGUUAUGUGUGUGUGUGUUCAGAAAACAUUUGUUGCAGAACAUGGCCAGGCAUUUUUACUCUAUUCCUUUGUCAAAAUGGAGUCUUAAAUCAGGCAAUACUUGCCCAUCUCACUGGGACGUUUGCUUCUUUUGAGAGGUCUUGUGUGGGUUUUAUGGUGCAAGAUUCAUAGAGAUGGCUUCACGGGACAUAUUUCAACUUUUGGCAACAACGUUUUCUGUAUGAAAGCUUCACUGAUGUCAGAUAGUAAGAAGUGGAGUUGAUUUUUUUUUUUUUUAAAGCAUCAUUUAGCUUAUAUCUUCUAGCCUAUGUAUCAAACACGUAUUGAAGUCUCCCUAUUUGAGAAUACAUAUUUUGUUAACAAUUGUACAUAGAGAAAUAUGUAUUUUUGCAAAGGCAUUUUUCGUACAAGCUGAAUAUUUGGUACAGAUUUUAAAAAAGUCAUUAUUUAUUUAGUAAAAGGAAAAAGAAAAAAAAGAUGGAAAGUCAAGAGUGGUUCACUGCCAAGUCUAUAUAAUGCAAUACACCGAUAUGUAGAAGGUGAAGCGUCUCAUGAAUCGUGUACUGAAAACCUUUAGAGGAAAAAGUGUUGCCACUGUAGCAUGUGUCGGUCUGACAAAGGAAACCUUUAUUCACGUUUCAAGGUCUCAAUCACAUGUGCUUUUACAAGACGUUUUAUGUUGCCUCUGAAUCAACACAACAAAAAGCUACAUUAUGACCCAAUAUAGUCUGUGAUUUAGAAAUGUCCUGUAGGCUUGAAGCUGCUCUUUGUCUAGCUAGUUUCCAUGGGACUCCUCAGUCACACACUUUGGAAACCUGAAUCUCAUUUCAUGAUUGAAACAUUUGUGUUCUAUAGAAAUGUAGAAGGGGCUUCAGCAAUCAUUGCAAAUAAGAGGAACACUUCAAACAGUCCGCCUGUUUGUGUUAUUGUUGCCAAACAUACAAUUUGAAUCACAGCUUUGAAAAGAAAUAUCAAAUUAAGAAAGUGCCUAAAUUAGUUUCACCCUGACUGUUUGAGGACAGUAUUCUUUGGGUUGUUUUACCUUACUUGAAUGUUCAAUGUGUUUAGGAGUUUGCUUUUAAAUCUGCCUAUGAACCCUAAAUGUGGUAAAAACCUGAGCUUGUCAGCUGCCCGUUAUGAAAGACUUUAGUAUUGUGUGUUUUUUUCUUCAUUUGGGUUGGGGGGGGGGGGGAGACGGGGGGGGUUAUCCAAGUUUUCCAGACAAGACGUCAAGAUCUAUUGUCAGCCUCAGUGUAUGGCCUAAGGCCUCCCCUGGUUUACUGGGAUAUUUGUACACAACAUAAACUUCAAUCAAGUGUUUUUGUUUACCCUCAAACUCAACGGAUAUCCUGCAACCGUUUCAUGUGAACAGAAACCUUGUGAGGAUGUUUGAAUGAUUAGCACCAUAGACUUGGAAUGUGAAAGAAAGAAUACAGCUCGUGUUUGGGAGGAAAACAGAAAUCCACCAUUCAUACUAUGUACAAGUGUGUAUAGGUUUCUUUUGUAUCCAUUAUCAGAAUCAUUUUCAGCUGGACUUAUGUAUUGGCUGCUAUGUAAUUCAUGAACAAAACAUAGGUUAGAAUUAAUAUUUAAAGAAAAAAGAUUGUAUAGUAUAUUUGUUUUGUAACAAGUUUCUGUAAAUAAAAUAAUUUAUACUGCUAUUU